AAACAGCCAUUUACCUGUCCCUCUGUCCCGUGGUGUGUCCCCGCAGCCCGUUUCACCAGCCAUCCUGUAUUCCAGAAGGCCGGGCAUCUUCAGUGUGGGUUCUCCCACACCGGCUGUGAUUGCUUGCGGCUUCACAACCGGGUACCCACUGUGCAUGCACGAGUAGCGCUGAGCUUCAUGAAUGGUCCUGUAGUCUUCUGGGACCUGUCACGUGUCCCAAAAGACUACAGGAAGGGAGGAAGGGAGGACACCUUCUGUUUCUGAUCGCAUAGGCGAUCGAACCGGAAAGUGGGAGCAGGUACCUGUCAAUUUUGGGUACCCGCUCCCCCCACCCCCCAAAGGUGCCAAUCUUUAAUGGGGAGCGGGGGGAGCAGUCCUUAAAGCGGAACUUCCCCUUUUGGGUGGAGCUCCGCUUU